GGGAGGGGCUGGGCCCCGCUAGGGACAGGAAGGACUAGAGGCCCAUGGCGGCUUGGACUGGAUCAGAGGAGGGCUGGGUAUCGGCAUGGAAGCAAAUGCGAAUGGAAGACUACAUGGCCACAAGCAUGGUGGACCUGGCGAAGCCAGAACUUUGCAGCCCAUCCCUCCAGUUAGGAAUCCCAUCCUCUGGGCCUCGGAGCACACCUGAAUACCCCUGCAAGUGGGAGGACAGGUUCCGCCCCAGCCCAACAGGUCAACCUGGGAAUCAUUAACAAGAGUCCCUGACAUGGCGAAGAAGGAGGGUGUCCGGACGGCUCCAUGCUGCUCCAGACCCAAGGUGGCGGCUGUCGUUGUGGGGGCACUGCUGCUCCUGACAGGCAUUGGGGCUGCGUCCUGGGCCAUUGUGACCAUUCUCCUACGGAGUGACCAGGAGCCGCUGUACCCAGUGCAGGUCAGCCCCGGGGACUCACGACUUGUGGUGUUUGACAAGACGGAGGGGACGUGGAGGCUGCUGUGUUCCUCACGCUCCAACGCCAGGGUGGCAGGGCUCGGCUGUGAGGAGAUGGGCUUCCUCAGGGCCCUGGCGCACUCGGAGUUGGAUGUGCGAACCGCGGGCGCCAACGGUACAUCAGGCUUCUUCUGUGUGGACGAGGGCGGCCUGCCGAUGGCUCAGAGGUUGCUGGAUGUCAUCUCUGUGUGCGACUGCCCUAGAGGCCGAUUUGUGACUGUCGUCUGUCAAGACUGUGGCCGCAGAAAACUGCCGGUGGAUCGCAUUGUGGGGGGCCAGGACAGCAGCCUGGGAAGGUGGCCAUGGCAGGUCAGCCUGCGCUAUGAUGGGACCCACCUCUGUGGGGGAUCCCUGCUGUCCGGGGACUGGGUGCUGACAGCUGCACAUUGCUUUCCAGAGCGCAACCGGGUCCUGUCUCGAUGGCGAGUGUUUGCUGGCGCUGUGGCCCGGACUUCGCCCCAUGGCGUGCAGCUGGGGGUUAAGGCUGUGAUCUAUCAUGGGGGCUACCUUCCCUUUCGAGACCCUACCAUUGAGGAGAACAGCAAUGACAUCGCCCUGGUCCACCUCUCCAGUCCCCUGCCUCUCACUGAAUACAUUCAGCCAGUGUGUCUCCCUGCUGCGGGACAGGCCCUGGUGGAUGGCAAGGUCUGUACUGUGACCGGCUGGGGCAACACACAGUUCUACGGCCAGCAGGCUGUGGUGCUCCAAGAGGCCCGGGUCCCCAUCAUAAGCAACGAGGUCUGCAACAGCCCUGACUUCUACGGGAAUCAGAUCAAACCCAAGAUGUUCUGUGCCGGUUAUCCCGAGGGUGGCAUUGAUGCUUGCCAGGGUGACAGUGGCGGCCCAUUCGUGUGUGAGGACAGCAUCUCUGGGACAUCAAGAUGGCGGCUCUGUGGCAUUGUAAGCUGGGGUACGGGCUGUGCUUUGGCCCAGAAGCCAGGAGUGUACACCAAAGUCAUUGACUUCCGAGAGUGGAUCUUCCAGGCCAUAAAGACUCACUCCGAAGCCAGCGGCAUGGUGACUCAGCCCUGACCCAGCCUCACCUCGCUGCUCGCGCCUCCAGAGCUGGAGUUGGUCUGACGCUCCAGACCGGCGUGGUAGGCUCCACACUGGGCCUCACACGGAGCAGUUUUCCUCACGGACCCAGUCCACAGGUCCAAGAACUCUCUUCCACAGUGGCCGGCCCACUCAGUCUUGGGGCCACUCGGCCUCAACCUCCCCACCCCAUGUAUAUAUUACUCUGUCCUCUGGGGACUGCUUUCCAGGUGCCCCUGUGGGAAUACUCUUUAAAUAAUAA